AUGGCUCCCAACGCAAAAGUCGUCGGGGCCCUAAGCCAAGCCGAGUCUUCAUCCGGCGAAAAAGGCCCCGUCUACGAAGCUCUCCUCGCCGACAUCAAGAACCUCUCCUCGCCAACCAGCGCCAUCGACGACCUCAAUGCCAUAGUCGACUCCUUCUUCGGCCAGGCUCUCGGCGUCGUUUCCACAAGAUCAGUCCUUGGUGCCUUCAUCUCAACUCUCACGGCCCUCAAGAACGAAGAAAUGUGGAUAGAAGUCGGCACCCGCACGCUCUCCGUCCUCUCCUCACAGCCAUCCUCGUUUUUCGACGCCCAAGCUACAUUGUGCGACCUCGUCGCCACCGCGCACGAAAACAAUGAAGACUUCCUCGAAGCGGCCAAGGCACUUGCCGAAAUCCCACUAGACAGCUCUCAGCGCAAAGUGACCGAUGAAGAAAAGGCGAAAGUGUGGAUUCGCAUCGUGCGAAACUACCUCGAGGUAGACGACUCCACGGCCGCAGAGACGUACAUCAACAAACUCAAGAAUAUAAUGCACACUGUUUCAGACGCAGACCUGAAUCUGCACUUUAGGCUGUCACAAGCCCGUAUCCAGGACGCAAAGAGAGACUUCUUGGGUGCGUCCCAGCGCUACCACGAGAUAAGCUUCUCGCCUGCCAUUGCGGAGGAGGAGCGGCUGCACACGCUCGGCAUGGCGAUUAAGUGUGCUAUUCUUGCGCCUGCUGGACCCAUGAGAAGUCGUAUGCUCGGACGGCUGUACAAGGACGAACGGGCCGUGCAGUUGGACGAGUUUGGAAUCCUGGAAAAGAUGUUCUUGGAUAGGUUGUUAUCGCAGGCGGAGGUUGAUAAGUUUGCUGAGGGAUUGCAGCCGCACCAGCUGGCUACGACGUCUGAUGGGUCGACUGUUCUUGCCAAGGCUGUUGUUGAGCACAACUUGCUUGGGGCUUCGAGGCUGUUCAACAAUAUCCAGUUUGAGGCGCUGGGUUCCCUGCUGGGGUUGGAUGCGGACAAGGCUGAAGAAACGACGGCUCGUAUGAUUGAACAAGGACGACUGGUCGGGCGGAUGGACCAACUGGAUGGUAUUGUGUGGUUUGAAGGUGGGGAAGCAUCGGGGGAGAAGGGCAGCGGAAGGGCAGAGGUUAUUGCCGGCAAGGAGAUGCGAAGAUGGGAUGCCAAUGUGGAGAGUCUGGCGGAAGAAGUUGAGAAUGUGACGAAUUCGUUGCAGAAGGAAUUCCCCGACUUUGUAGCGGCGAAUCUGGUUGUGUGA